AUGGAGAUUGAGAUUGGUGACCAAAUCAGUGCUCUAAAUGAGGAAGAAGGCAAAUAUAUGGAGGGAAGAGUUUACAAAAUUAAGCAGAAUGAAGCUGGCGAAACCGAAUAUUUCAUAUCCUUUUUAAAUAUCAAUAAACGUUUCGAUAACUGGCUUACCAAAGACCAACUUGACCUUAGAACACUCAUUAAAAAGUCGGAACUCAAAGCGAAAAAGUCUCAUGGUCCAAAUGAUAUCACCGCCGAACAAGAAGAAUCUUUAAAGUUCUUGGGCCUUUCGAGAAACAUAGAAUUCCUAAGAUUUGGUGACUACUUGAUGAAAGCAUGGUAUUUUUCACCUUUUCCAGAACCAUACUUUAACUUGGAAACAAUUUAUUGCUGCGAAUUUUGUAUGCACUUCUUCGCAACUGAAGAUGAGUACAAUGAUCAUUGUAUGAAGUGCACAUGCACUCAUCCUCCCGGUGAUGAGAUCUACAGAAAAGGCCAUAUGUCUGCAUAUGAAGUGGAUGGUGCAUUUGCCACAAGAUGGUGUACAAAUCUUUGCCUUAUCACAAAAUUAUUCUUAUUCCACAAAACGGAAUACUACAAUCCAACACUUUUCCACUUUUACGUAGUUUGUUUCCAUGAUUCUCAUGGUGCUCAUCCCUGCGGCUUCUUUAGCAAAGAAAAAGACUUCAACUGUCCGAACAAUCUCGCCUGUAUCCUUGCUUUCCCGUGCUAUCAAGGAACAGGCGUUGGAAGAUUUUUAAUUCAAUUAUCUUACGAACUAUCCAAGAUUGAACAUAAGCCAGGUGGUCCAGAAACACCAUUGUCCGAUCUUGGAAUGCUUGCUUACGAAAGUUAUUGGAAAUCUUCAAUCAUGAAAGUUAUUAUCGAAAAUGAAGGAAGGAAACUCUCAAUUACCGAUAUGGUCGAGCUUACAGGAAUGACUGAAAGUGAUAUCAAGCACGGAAUUGCAAGCGGUGGUCUCCUGGCGCGAAAUGAAAGAGGAGAAUACUGUUUUGCAGCUACAAAGAAGCAAGUAGCAGAAUAUAAAGCAAAGGAGAACAAGAGAAAACUCCAUUUGGAUCCAAGACGUAUUAGAUGGACUCCUUAUCCCAGAGCUAAGAAGGAAGGAUUAUAA